GAUGCCGGAGGGUUUUGCGUUGCCAUGGUGAUAAUUUUGACGGCGGCAGUGGAAGAAGAGUUCAGACCGAAUCCUCCAUCUUGAAUGAGAAACGGAGGAUUUUCCAGAUGUUCGGUCGGAACCACAGAGACCAGCAGCGGCUCUGAGCGGAGAGCUGUUCCUUUAAGAGCCGAGGAAGAGGAGAACCGGACCGGGUCGGUACCAGCUGGCUGCAGAGAGCCGGUGCUGCUGGUCCCGGGUCGUCUCGUGUCCAGGAUGUCUGCGGGAAGCGGUCUGGAGUCGGUGGACUUUGAGAUCUUCGGCCAGGUUCAGGGUGUCUGUUUCAGAAUGUUCACAGAGAAGGAGGCUCUGAAUCUGGGCCUGGUGGGCUGGGUGAAGAACACGACCUCUGGGACGGUGGUGGGACGGGUCCAGGGACCGGCCGCCAUGGUGGAGGAGAUGAAGUUCUGGCUCAGUAAGGAAGGAAGCCCGUCCAGUCGGAUCACCAGGGCCCAGUUCACCAACCAGAAGCAAAUCGACAAGCUGGAGUUCUCCGGGUUCAAGACCCGCUUCUGACCCGGUGGACCGGUUCUCCUCCUUCCUCUGGUCCCACUGCGGCCGCCAUCUUGGCUCCAGCCGCCAUCUUGGCUCCAGCUCAGCAGCGGAGACGCUGUUGCGUGACAGCAGAUCACCUGACCGAGGAUCUGCCAUGUGAUCCGGUUCGAUCCCGGCUGGAGGAUCCAUUCGGGUCGGAGCUGAAACCAGGAAUUAUUAACUCUGAUUUAAUCUGAGCAGGACUCGGAUUACAGAGGAGCGGCUGGAGGCGGCAGCGCGGUCGCCAUGGCAACCAGCAUGCAGCAUUUAGUUAUGAUGAGGAGCAGAGUGGGAGGUAAUGGAGCCCGGUUCUGGUUCUGGUUCUGGUUCUGCUGCCUGCUUACAGUUCUGUUUGAAUAAACCCAGUUCAGCCAAUAAGAUUCGUUUUUCUGACCUUUAUUGUUGUUUUAUUGAGUCACAAGCUUCGUGUUUUUAUUGCUGCUGUUUCAGUUUAACCUGAAACUUUGGACUCAAAACAUUGAAAUUUGUUUCCAUGAAUCUUCGCCCAUUUUUACUGAUAAUUGGAGCCUAAAACUGUUUUUAUUAGAUUAGUUUAAAAAGUUUCUGCAGCUGGAACUGAGUCUAAUCAAAUAUUUUCACAAAAAUACAAAUAAAUCAAUUUUUGAUUCCAUUUCCUGUCCACAUGAGAACGUUCUGCAGGGCCGAAUCCACCAGAAUCUGGGCCCCGGGCUGCUGCCAGUUUGGUGCCCUGACCAAGACAGAAACAUUCAUUUACUCGUUUAAAUCACAGGCAGACCUGAUGCAUGAUGGGUAGCAAAGAACUCCAUGUUGUUGCCAAAGAAACCAACUGUACCUGUAUUGUUUUAAAUUAAUUGUAAAAUUAGUUUAUAUCCAUACAAUUCAACAUAUGAGCUUUAAAUAAAGCAUUAAGAAAAAAAAAAGUAUUUUUAUUCAUAAACAAAGAAAACAUUUCUGUCCCCUCCAAACAUGGUGCCCUGGGCUGCUGCCCCAGGAAAGCCCUUCUGAAGGGCGGCCAUGUUGGAUCCUUCAAUUAUUUACUGAUU